CAGCGAGAUUGUAGUGUGAAAGUCGUUCGUCGCAGCAUAGCAUACGCGCCUUACCGCGAAUCCUGCAAUCCCGCUUUCGAGAUUACAUUACGCUAUCCAUCUCCCAGCAACAAUGGUGUACAUCGUGAAAGACUCCGAAGACUUCAACAACAAGCUGGAAUCGGCUGGCGAUCUGCUGGUGGUGGUCGAUUUCUUCGCCACCUGGUGUGGGCCGUGCAAGGUGAUCGCCCCGAAGCUGGAAGAGUUCCAGAACAAGUUCUCCGAAAAGAUCGUCGUCGUGAAGGUGGACGUCGACGAGUGCGAGGAUCUGGCGGCGACGUACAACAUUUCCAGCAUGCCCACUUUCCUGUUCAUCAAGAGGAAGGAAGUCCUCGGCCAGUUCUCUGGUGCGAACGCGGACAAGCUUGAGAACCACAUCCAGCAGUAUAUGUAAGCGCGGCAGCUAGCACGUGGUAGAAACUUGCAGCACAUGUUAGGGACAUUUACCAUACCACACACUUUAUUAUGCACUAUGCAGUAGUUAUUAUUGCAGAUGAGUCUUUCCCGAAAUGAAGCUUUUACUCUAUGGCACAUGGCUUUUGUUGCUAUAUAUUUUUUGUCGUCCCCUUUCCUGCAAAAGUUUAACACCCACUCAAGAGCCAUCAAUGCGUUGAAUUGAUGGACCACACUAGCUCACUUUUAUUACAGCCAACCAGUUAGAACUCCUCCUGAAUGCGCCAGAGGCGUCUAGUGUUUGCUAAGUGCACUCAGAUUGGUUAGACAUGUUCAACAAUCGUCGCUACACCAUUUGCCUUGUACAAUGUUAUUUAAAAAAUAUUUAUAUUCGUUGUGCUACCCCCUGUGGUGUCUUUAUGUGAAACAAAAUUCUAUUUUUCCAUAAAUAAGAAUUGUUCUUUCCCGUGCAUGCUAUUGAAUAGUAAAGAAACUCCGUGGAUUGUAUUUAUCAUCGUAAAAGUAAAAUAAAUUCUAACUGGCAACCGGA